AUGCAUAAUGGAGCAUUGGCCGUAUUGAAGGAUUGUCAUGAUGUUCUAUCAUCGGGGUUUGAUAAAUUCGAGCGGGGUUUGGAUAGAGUUGAGAACCAGCCGGAGGCGGUAGAGAGAAGACUGGGGUCUUUGGAAAAGAAGGUUGAUGAGUAUGCACCUAAAAUUGUGAAUAAUUCCGGGGCACGCCAAUUCAAUUCCCACGCGCGGAAAAAGACCUCGACGCUUGAACCACUGCUUACUGUUCGUUUUGAUGAAAAUCGACGGGUAUUCUACCCGGUCCCGCCGGGCUUUCCUCAGAGUGUAAGAGCUCUGUUGAGGUUAAGAUCAAACUUAAACCUUCUCUGGGAACUUAUGAAAUUUUAUAACAUUCAGGUCGCCCGAGAAAACAGCCCCCCCUCCCACGUAGCAGCUGAUUCUCAAGAACUUGAUAGUAGUGGGUAUACGAUUAUGGAUCUAGGAACAUUUGAAGAAGUGAGAGAUUAUCCUGAAGAGUGUUUUGAAACAUUCGUUACGUGGAUUGGAGUCAAGAUGAAGGUUGUCGAGGCGUUGAUGGAUUCAUGA